ACACAAGAAAGAAAAACAGAGAGAAAAACACAAACAUGGGUGUGCAGAGCAUUCACAACAACAAUGUUCAUGUCUUAGUAAUCCCAUAUCCAGCACAAGGACACAUAAGUCCACUAAUCCAAUUCGCUAAGCGAUUAGUUUCAAAAGGCAUUAAAACAACAUUUGCAACAACCCAUUACACAGUUAAAUCUAUAACAGCACCAAACAUCUCAGUCGAACCGAUCUCAGAUGGGUUCGACGAAUCAGGCUUUUCACAAGCCAAUGAUGUUGAACUUUUUCUCACUUCAUUUAAAUCAAAUGGUUCGAAAACAGUCUCAAAUCUCAUUCAUAAAUACCAAAAAACUUCAACACCAAUCACUUGCAUUGUGUAUGAUUCUUUUCUACCUUGGGCACUUGAUGUUGCUAAAAAACAUGAGAUUUAUGGUGCUGCUUUUUUCACUAAUUCAGCUGCUGUUUGUAACAUUUUUUGUCGUAUACAUCAUGGUUUGAUUGAAAUUCCUGUUAAGGUUGAUGAUUUGCCUUUGAUUGUUCCUGGUAUUCCUCCAUUGAAUUGUAGAGAUCUUCCAAGUUUUAUAAGAUUUCCAGAAAGUUACCCUGCUUAUAUGGCUAUGAAAUUGAGUCAAUUCUCUAAUUUGAAUCUUGCUGAUUGGAUGUUUGUUAAUACCUUUCAAGCUUUAGAAGGAGAGGUUAUGAAAGGACUAACUGAGCUAUUUCCAGCUAAGUUAAUUGGUCCAAUGGUUCCUUCUGCUUACUUAGAUGGAAGAAUCAAAGGAGACAAAGGUUAUGGAGCAAAUUUAUGGAAGCCAUUAAGUGAAGAUUGCAUCAAUUGGUUAGAAACAAAACCAUCUAAAUCAGUUGCAUAUAUUUCCUUUGGAAGCAUGGUUUCUUUAACACAAGAACAAAUAGAAGAAAUAGCUUUUGGAUUAAAAGAAAGUGAAGUAAAUUUCUUAUGGGUUUUAAGAGAAUCAGAACAAGGAAAAUUACCAAAAGGGUACAAAGAUUUAAUAAAAGAAAAGGGUAUAAUAGUAACAUGGUGUAACCAACUUGAAUUAUUGGCACAUGAUGCUGUUGGAUGUUUUGUGACACAUUGUGGUUGGAAUUCGACACUGGAGAGUUUAAGUCUCGGUGUUCCGGUUGUUUGUUUGCCACAAUGGGCUGAUCAAUUGCCUGAUGCAAAAUUUUUGGAAGAGAUUUGGGAAGUAGGCGUGAGGCCAAAAGAGGAUGAAAAUGGUGUUGUGAAGAGGGAAGAAUUUGUGUUGAGUUUGAAGACUGUGAUGGAAGGUGAAAGAAGUGAAGUUAUUAGAAAGAAUGCUAAUGAAUGGAAGAAAUUGGCUAGGGAUGCUGUUAGUGAAGGUGGUAGUUCUGAUAAGAAUAUUGAUGAUUUUGUUGAUCAAUUGAUGAACAAUAAUAAGAAUGGACAUUUGAUUAGUGGAGAAAAGUGAUUUAUUUAGAGUGAUUUAGGAAAAAAGUUGAAGAAAUGUGCAUGUAGAAGUUGGAUUUGGAUUUUAGUUGUUAUUUUUGUGAGUGUUAAUUAUUUAAAAUAAAAUAAAAAUGUACUAGUAUUCAAAUUAA